CGGAGGAGGCGACUCCCCGCCCUCGCGCCGGCCCUCAAUCCGCCGCUCUGCGCAGCGCCGCGCUUGGCGCCCGCCCAUGGCGGCGGCCAGUUGCGGGCUUGCGGGCUCAGGCGGGCUGUGGGCGGCGGGGGAUGGCGGCGGCCGCAGAAUGCGCUGCGUCGGAGGAGGCGUCCGAACCCGAGGCGGCGGCGCUGGGCCCCGAGGCGGAGGAGGCGCCUGGUCCCGCCGAGGAGGCGCUGGGGCCCGAGGUGCUGGUGACGAAGGAGAACAAGGGGGCCGAGGAUCCCCAAGAGGGUUCGGCAACGUAGCUCGGCUGGAGAUCACCUACGUCGACCCAGUGCUGGGCGACAUCAAGCGCAGGCAGGCGUACUGUGACCCCAAGGGGGGCAAGUGGAUCUGGGAUGCGCGGUUCCUGGUGAGCGCGAACCUCGUCAAUUUGCUGAGCGAUACCAUGGCAACGCGCCACGCGCGCAACAAGGCCCUCCAUGAGAACCUGUCGAACAUCCGCACCAACAACCUCGUCAGCCUGUACCGCCUCCGGCAGCACCUUGAGAGGCUGCACGGCGCCAACCAGCAUGCGGCCCGGAGAGACACGGCGCAGCCAGAUCUGCCCCAGACAGCGCGGUUCCACAUGUCCAGCUUGGUCUCCGAGUCCCGGAAUAGCUCCGUGGAUUUGGGCGAGUCUGCCACCUGGCCCGUGCAUCGCGUGGGUCAGGAAGCGAGUCCGUUCGCGAGCCCGAAGACCCGAAUGAGCCCGAGCGCGAGCCCGAAGAGCCGCCCGAGCCCGAGCGCGAGCCCGAAGAGCCCUCCCCGGGUCACGGCUCGCCAGCAGUCCGCGUCCGAUGUCACCGCGCCAGCCGAAGAGGAGGUGGGCCCCGUGCAUUUCUAUUUAUCCGAGAGCUACCUGGAGGAGUGGACCCUGGAGCUCUUCGGCAGGGCCCUCAAGGCGGCCCAGGCGGAUCUCAGCAGGGAGUGCAAGGCGAUCCAGGCGAGGAUCCGGACGCUCGGCGGCGGGACCUGGAGGCAGCUUCUGGACAUGAUUCUAGACAAGGGCGACAAAAGCCUGGAGGAGCUCCUCAAAACGGUGCUCGACAUGAUCUCCGAUGGGAAGGAUCGGUUCGAUAUCGAGAAUGCUGUCUCCAAGGGCAUGCGAGGCCAUUAUGACAAUCUGCUGCCGAAGAUCCAAGACCUUGAGUCACAGGUUUCGCACUACGAGGAGACGUGCUGGGAUCUGGAUUCGAACGCGCGCCAGCUUCGGAUGGCAAACGACCGGCUCGAGCUUGCGAAGCGUGAUCUGGGCGACUACCUGGAGGCGGCCGCUGAACACGAGCCACCUGAGGAUCAGGAGGCGAAGCAGCUCGAGGAGCAGGAGCGGCUCACGGACGCGCAGGAAAAGGUGCUCGCGCAGAAACGGCUCAUGUUGUUCGAGGAGUCGGCGCAGAGGCUGGCCGCGAUGAAGGAAGCGCAGGAACGCGCCGAGGCUGCGCUGGAGCGGGACGAGCAGGACCUGCUGAACGAAAAGCGCCUGGAUGAAGAGCCCGGGGUCACCCCCGGGGAGCUGCAGCGGAAGGUGCGCGUGCACGAGAUCAGGAUCGACAAACUCUGGGAGAAGAGGCAGACCCUGAGGGAGGAGCUGUCCGAGUACGACGCGCGGCUCGAGGAAAAGGCCCAGGCCGUUACGGCAGCAGAGGAGAAGCUGGCGUCGUACGCGAGGCCGCCAGACGAUCGGGCGCUGAGGCUCCAGAAGAUGAAGCGGACCCUCGCCAAGGUGCAGAAGAGUCAGGAGAAGGCCCGCGAGUCGAUGGUGAAGCCCAUACAAGCCGUGCGGGCGAUUCGCUACCAGCUGCGCGGGCUGCACAGGAAGCUCGGCUUGGACUGGGACUUCUCCGACUCCGACGGCGACGACGAGAGCAAGCUGAAGCCUUAUUGGGAGCGGCGCAAGCUCGCCUCUGGAGGCCUCGCCCCCUUCGACCCCCACCUGUUCCUGGCCGCCGAGGAGGCGUACUUCCAGAGGCGCUGCCAGGCUCGCGAGAGCACGUUCCGCGACAACACCCAGUCCCUCGCGCUUACGCAGCUGGAGGCGAAGAGGAGGCUGACGCUGGGGGCAUCCCUGGAGGUCCAGCAGCAGCUCGCCGAGCAGCACAGCCUGUCUCAGGACGCCCUGUCCUCGACCGAGGGGGGUCCGAGCCAGCGGCUCUCCCGUGGGCCGUUCGCGGACGACCAUGACGAGGACAGCGUGAUGCGAGCGAUGGGCAACAUGCGGCGCCUGCUGCUCCCAAGAGACAGCGAGGUGACGGCGUGGGCAGAGGCCCCAGACCAGUCGCCCCUGGAGUUCGCGCGGCUGCAAGCCGAGCUCCGCGCGCACCUGCAAAGUUGCGCCGUGAUCCUCAGCGACCUCCUGCCCCCCGACGCAAAGUUCGGCCGCCCGCGGAUGGAGCUGGCGAGGAUGCUGGAGGGCAUGCAGUCGCUGCCCGAGGACCCGACGGAGCCCGAGGAGCGCGAGGCCUGCCGAUGCCUCGCGGACGCCGCGGGCUGCCUGUGGGGCCUCUUCUGGGAGGCGUCGGCGGGCCCGGAGCCGGUGGCACUCCCGCCGUCGCCGGAGGUGGACGAGCUGCGCCUCAUGCUGGAGUGGGCGAGCUGUGACGUGGACGCCCUCAAGCUUGCGACAGGCGCGACAGUCGGCGCACUUCGCCGCGAGGCCUCGCCGGGCCCCGGCGCCGUGAGCCCGCCGGCGCCGCCGCCGAGGUCGCCGCCGAGGGCGCCCCACCAGCCGCUGGAGUCGCUGCUGCGCGGCGCGGGACUGUCACACUCCCGCCGUGGCGGCCGGCACAAGGGGCCGCAGGGGGCGGACUUUGGCUUCCGCCCCGACGGCGGCGCCGAGGAGUCGCUGGAGAAGUGGUCCCUCUUCAAGGUGAGCAAGAACCCGAGCCCCACCCGCGAUGGCGCCGGCGCCGCGGGGCGGCCAGAGCCGGGCCGCGACGCGGCCGGGAGGGCAAAGGAGGACCCGAAAGCACAGCGGUACCUGCAGCUCGCGGGCAACUCCGACUUCCGGGACUACGUCUCGGGGCUGGCCGCCAAGGACGAGUGGAAGCGCGCCACCAGGGCCCAGCCCCUUCCGCCGAAGGCGAAGAAGGUCACCUUCGUGAGCGCGGCGGGCCUCCUGGAGCAGGGCCAGGAUGCCGGUGGCCUCUUCAAGGAGUUUUUGGAGAAGCUGGCCGAGACCGCUUUCGAUCCGCAGUACGGUCUCUUCCAGGCCACCGAGUCGCGGCUGCUGUUCCCGAACCCUCAGGCGGGUCAGUACCACGACAACGUGGAGCGCCUGUUCGAGUUCCUCGGCAGGGUCAUCGGCAAGGCCAUCUACGAGGGCAUCGUUGUGGAGCCGUGUUUCGCACCGUUCUUCCUCGCGAAGCUCCUUGGCCGGCACAACUCGUACUACGACCUGCAGUCCCUGGACCCCGCGCUCUUCGCUAACCUGCAGCAGCUCAAGAGCUACGCCGGCAACGUGUCAGACCUGUGUUGCAGCUUUGUGGCGACCAGCGCCAGCGGGGAGGAAGUGCCUUUGCUGCCAGCUGGGCAUGACAUUCCUGUCACGAGCGAGAACAGGCUCAAGUACGUUUAUCUUCUCAGCGAUUACAAGUUGAACGCCGAGCUCAAGGCUGGCUCCUCGGCGUUCCUCGCUGGCUUCCAGCGCCUCGUGGACGAGCGAUGGCUGCGAAUGUUCGACGAGGACGAGCUGCAGCAGGUCAUCAGCGGCUCGCGGGGCAGCGGCGUGGACGUUGACGAUCUUCAGCGUCACGCCCAGUUCCACAACUGCAGCGCCAAGGACAAGCUGGCCGCGGACUUCUUCAGCGCAGUGAAGGCGAUGUCUCCCGAGCGCCAGGUGUUGCUGCUCCGCUUUGUGACCUCCUGCUCGCGCACGCCCCUGCUGGGCUUCGGACACCUGGUGCCUCCCUUCACGCUGGUCAAGGUGUCCGUCAGGAGCGACAAGGAGAAGUUGCCGACAGCGUCCACGUGCUUCAACACGUUGAAACUGCCGACGUACUCGAACUGGAGGGUCACGAAAGAGAAGCUGGAGUAUGUCAUCGAGCAGGGCGCCGGCUUCGAGCUCGACUGA